GAUCAAGGCGCCGGCCGCGGCAGGCGGAGCCGGAGUGGCUCCGGUUUGCGCAGGACCUGCUCGGCCUCGCGCUCGACGCCUCGGGCUCCGGAGGCGCGCAGUCCCGGCGAGAGCUGGCCGGGCUCAGUAGCCAGGAUACCCUCGGGGAGCCGGGGGCAAAGGCGCUGCUAGGGUUCCCCUCCUCCCCUUUUCUUCCUCCUCCUCCUCUUCUCCUCCUCUCGUCCUCCUCUUCCUCCUCUUUUCGUCUUCCUCCUCUUCCUCCUCCUCCUCUCUUCCUCCUCCCUCCCUCCCUCCCUCCUCCUUUUGCCGGGCUGGCAGCUCCACCUCUUCCUUCGCCUGGAGCCGCGGGAUCCCGGGCCAGAGGCUGGGAAGCUGGGCAGCGGCGGCGGCGGCGGCGGCAGCCCCGUCUCCGCUCUCCUGCCUUCCGCCCGCUCGGCGCUCGAGGGAGCCCCCAGCACCCCGGCCGGCUCUCCCCUCCUGGUCCAGGAUCCCGGCGGCGGCGGCGGCGGAGGGCAGCCUCGCACGUGGGCCGGGCGGAAGGGACGCGCGAUGCCGGACCGGCCGGGGUGAAGCCGGGCGCGGGGGGCCUCCGGCCAGCCUGCUGCGAGCCGGCCCGGAGCGCCCCGACAUGGCCGGGCAGUGACCACGCCAAGACUCUGAACAAUGGCUGAGCCUAGCAACAUCCAGUCAGCGGCUUCUAAGAGCAUCCGUCCAUUCCGUUCCAGCGAGGACUAUCUCUACGCCAUGAAGGAGGACCUGGCGGAAUGGCUGAAUACACUUUACGAUCUUGAUGUCCAGGUGGAGAACUUCAUGGAUGCCCUGGAGAUGGGCUACGAUCUCUGCCAGCAUGCCAACAACGUCAACCGUAUCGCCCUGGAGUUCCAACAGUCGAACCCGGAAACUGCUUCUCACAUGAGAAUCCCUCAGAAGGAGGUGAUCUUCCAAGCAAAGAACGUGGUCCCUGGCUCUUUCAUCGCUCGGGACAACAUCUCCAACUUCAUCCAGUGGUGCCGUCAGGAGCUGGGCAUCCAAGACGUGGUGAUGUUUGAAACCAACGACUUGGUGUUGAAGAAGAACGAGAAGAACUUCGUCCUUUGUCUGCUGGAGGUGGCCAGGAAGGGCUCCAAGUUUGGGAUGCUGGCUCCCAUGCUCAUCCAGAUGGAGGAAGAGAUUGAGGAGGAGAUGAGGGACCACCAGGUGGUCUGUGGAGAGUUGAAGACUGAGCAAGUGAUCGAAGAUUUGGGGCCGAAGUCUCCCGUUUACUUGAACAAAACACAGAGGAUAAGCUUGUGUGACCUCAAGAAUCUGGAUGAGCUGGUAAGGGAGAUCCUGGGCCACUGUACCUGCCCAUCCCAGUUCCCCAUGGUCAAAGUCUCGGAGGGCAAAUACAAAGUUGGAGACUCUAACGCGCUCAUCUUCGUCCGAGUUCUCCGCAGCCACGUGAUGGUCCGGGUAGGGGGGGGCUGGGACACGCUGGAGCAUUACCUGGAUAAGCAUGACCCUUGCCGGUGCACUUCCGUCUCUCAUCGUCUGACCCAGGGUCGAGGGCUCGGCUUCUCCCCCCAGAAGACCAGUGGCCUGGCCAGCCCCCAAGCAAACAGCCCCACCACUCAGCGUCGGGCUGAAGCGGUGGCUCACUUGGGGGAGAAACGGCUCUUGGCUGGAGGGGACCCGACUCAGCUCAAAGGAAACCGUCCUCCCACCAAGAGAUCUGGGACCGCGACCCCACCCAGGCAGGGAUCGCUGGUUCCGCCAAGUGGGAAAUGCAGCGCGGCAGGACAGGGGGGUGCCAGCCCUCUACGGGGGUGCCCGUCCCAAGCCCACCAGGAGACGGGAGAGUCCCAUCUCCCCGUCAGGACCCCCAGAGCUAGGCGUCUUUCCGGAGACAGCGAUUCCUCCUCCUCCUCCUCUAUGCACAGUGCCAGCUUGGGAAGGAAGCGGAACGAGGAGCCCAGCCUGGAACUCAGGAAGGAGGCUGGGAAGCGUAUCUCCGAGGGGCCAGCCUCCCAGCUCCACGCCAGUCCCAAACGGCAGCCAGCCAGCCGGAGUCAGUCCCGAGACCGUCUCAGCUUGCCAAAAACCGUUGCGGUGCCCAAGAGGAUUGAGUCAGAAGAGCGUGGCCGUCCCCGCAUGGCAAGCCGGCCGAGCAAGCCUGGACCGCAGAGCCCUCGUCCCCGGGCCCGCAGCCAGGGAAGGCCUGCAGGAGAGCCCAUGCUGCUGAUCAGCCGAGCAAAGGAUGGACAGCACUCUUGGACACGGGCAGACGAGCCCAAGGAGAAUGCCGGGGGCUCUGGAAGAGCCACCCCCAGGACCAAGAGCCCGGCAAGGGGUCACCUGACCCCGGUGGGUUCCCGAAGCCCUGCCCCCAUCAAGCGCAGGGGUUCCCUGCCCGCCACAAAAAUGGCCAAUCCUUCCGCCCGAAUCCCUCCGCCAGCCCCAGGAAGACAGCGACAGCCCUGCUUGCCCAAACAACGGGGGGCCGUGAGGCAGCUGCAGUCGGGGGAGAGUGGGCCCUCCAGACAGCCCAAUGAGGACACUUUGGGGCAGGAGCUGGAGGCCAUGGCGCAGGCUUUCCACACCCCGCUGCGCCUCGAUCCGAGCCAGGAGCAGCAGCUCUACCGGCGCCUGGAGGAAGAAUUCCUGGCCAACUCUCAGAUGAUGGGUUUGGAGAUGGAGGAAGAGCUGGACCCAGGCAGCCAGGCCUGCGAUGGUGCCCGGCUCUUGCCCCCCAAUCCGGACCAAGGGACCGCUGACUCCGCGUACUGCUCCUCCAGCUCUUCCUCUUCCUCCCUCAACGUCUUCAGCAAACACGGUCUCCAAGUAGAGGAGUCCAAGCGGAAGGCAGCCCAACAGGUGACCGGAGGAGGGUCUGAGCUGGGGGAUUUCCACAAUGGCUCGCUCGAGGCUUCCGAGCUGUGGGAUUCCUCUGGGUCUCGUGAGCGAAGGAGCCGCUGGAGGAAACCCGUCCUUUCCAGCUCGUCCGAUGAAAGCAACUGCUACCUGGGUCUGAACGACGUCCAGGAAGUCCAGGAGGGUCUGGAGCUGGCCGAGCCUCUGGUGGAUAGCCCCUGGGCUCCUGGGGAGCCGGCCCCUUCCCACACGGAGCUGGGACCCUCCCUGCAGGAUGGCACAUCUCCCUCGGCCCCUAUCCUGGAAGAAGUCGCGCUCCCUCCCCAGCCGUCCCUGGGGAAACCCGACCGCGUGCCUUCCAGCUACCAGAUGAAGCUGCGCCCGCAAAUUAAGCCUCGUGCCGACUCCCAACCGGACAAGACCCCCUCAAAAAUCCCCACCCCCCUCAGCUACAAGGCUUCAGGAGGACCCAAGGUUCCAACAGGAAGUGCCUCGUCCAGGGACAGCCCAGUCAAAGGCCUAUCUGAGCGCCGGGGCUGGGCGGCCUUCCAACACCUCUUCUCCUCCUCCUUUGGGGAGUGUCCCGGGGGUUCGGUGGAGUCCAGUGUGACCGAUGAGGGGGCUUGGGCCUAGGACAGCCCCGCCCACCCCUCCUAUCCUCUGCACCUGCUUCUGUGGUCCAGCCCUCUCUUUCUCCAGCUGCUUCCUUGGACCUCUUCCCGCUGUGACUUUGUCGUAUGCUGCUGUCCAGAAGAGCGUUUUCUUUUUCGGUGACGGGAGGAGAGAGGGACCAGGGGCGGGGUGGGGGAGAAAGCCUUGGAUUGCAAGGGUCUGUCCUUCUAUAUUUUAUUUUUGGAGUGAGGCUGGGAGAUGGCAAUGCUUAAAGUGCAGUGCUGCUGGGGCUUGGGUUGCAUGUAUGUUGUUGUUUGGGCUGCGUACGUGUGAAACGCUUGUAUGGGGAAGUCCUUUAACACUGGAUACUAAAGGGAGCAUCAGGGUUAAUAUUCACUCCCUUGGUCUGUCACUGUCCAGCUUCUGCCAUCUUGGUAUUUCCGUAGCCGUCUAAGCUCAGAACAAGGAGUCCUUGACUUACGACCAGAACCUCUAUCACUGUGAGGACUGUUAAGUGAAUCACACCCAAUUUGACUACCAGUUUUGCUACGGUCAUUAAGCAAAUCCAUCCACCCCCUUAGAAUCCCCCUGAAAGGGCCACAAACAGCAAUCCCUUGAAACCCCCUCCGUCCCAGAGGCUGCAACCACAGUAAAUAUACUGGCUGUCAAACAUCUGAAUUUGGAUCACAUGACAGUCAUAAGUGUGAGGAUCAACGUGGAACCAUUGUUUAAAAAUGAUCGUAAGCGGAGGACUUAUUUGUAGCACGUCUGUCGGUUUGUCGCAUUUCAGCAAAGCUCGUGUUUCUUUCAGACACCUCUGGAGAGAAAGCCCAGCACUAAAGCUGACCCCAAGGCUUAACCUGGUUAGCCAUGAACCUCAUCAGAGCUUCUUCCUUGUGGUCUGGCGCUGGCGUACUAUUCGAGCGAGGUGGAAAGGCCACCAUUUUCGGAAACAGGGUUUUAAAAAGCAGAAAGGAGGGUGACUUUGACCGCACAAUUGCAGUUGCCAUAUUGAUUUUGGGGGGACCUCUCCUCCCUCCCCACCCCCACGCCCCUGCCCCUAUUUCUGGCCCUCCAGCCAGGGAGGCAGCAUUGGCGGGUCUACGACAAUUUGCUGCAGGGCAACUCGCUACGGGACAAGAGUGACACUAAUAUCAAAGAAACUGUGGGACAGAAUCAUUAAAGAAAGGAUGCAAAAGGAGGGACGGAAUGAAAUGCGAAAGGCACCAAUUAAAAUAUUUUUUUAAUUUAUUUAUUUUAAAUCAUUACACAGAAGUGUUAAAUUGUCCUGUAGUGAGUUGGCCGUGGCAAGUUCUGGCAUUGGCAUGGAUUCAGCAUUCAGCUACGUGAGGAUUUGGAAAAGGACCGUUGUGCACUUGGCAGGGCGUUGUGUAAUGGAGCGGCUGUCCCUUUCAUUUUUUGCACACUCCCCUUGCUUCUGGGCAAGGCUGCACAGAGUCGGAAGAGUGCCUUAUGGGGUAGGCUUGGUUGGGGUUGGGGGUGGGUGGGGAGGGAAUGCCGAAGGACUGCCUGGAGAAAGUGGUUUGACUCCAGUUUUCUGGCUCCCGUUUGGAGUCAAACCUUUCUCCCUCUCCCCACAGGAGUGGCCGUAGUGGAUUCACACAACAGACGCUUAGUGGCACCUGGCUAAGAUUCUUGAAACCUCGGGAGAAGUUGGGGAGACGUUUGUGGGACUGGAUAGAAGGGACGCCCCCCCCAUUCUGCAAGGCAAUCGUUGCACGUGGCAAAAUGUCGGGCUUGGGCAAAGUGGCCGUGUGAGUGGAAAGAGGGGCAGGGAGGGAACGCUGAAGGCUUUGCACGUGAAUUUCUUUUUGGCAGGGCCUCUCUCGGCCUUCGCGACCCUCACUGCCCCCUUGUCACUGGAGGUCUGUUGAAUAAUCUAUGCAUAUUUAUAUGAGUAAUAGGGAGCCUGGCUCUCCUCCCGUAGAGUGCCUGCUAUCCACCCCCGUGAAUGUAGCUGAUUAAACUGACCUGCAGAUUCCUGAAUUCAAACAGUAAAGACUGACACAUCGUC